AUGGCAGCUUCAGUCACAAGUCUGGCAACGGUGGUGCAGGUCAACGCCUUAUCAGAAGCUGAAUACGGCUGUGAACAUUUAUCCGGUGUAUUGAAAGAUGACGACGGUCGUGGCUCCAGUUUCAUCAUUGCUUAUAUGAAGCAGGCUGCAGCGAGAAUGAGCAAAAACAUCCGGUCUCGAAAUGGAAUCAAAUCACAGAGCCUACCUUUGAAGCCAAUAUACAUUUGUGUGGAUUGCUCUGAAAAAUAUACCAAUGGCGAUCGACAAGUGCAUAGUGAUCAGACAGGGCACCAAUUUUAUAUCGACUCUCGUACAGGAGCACUGUUCUGUCAAUCUUGUCGUGAUUUUGUGUACGACCAUGAACUGGAGAAAAUUCGUACUCGAGCAGCUGGACUGUGGUCGCGAGAUCCGCUUGAUCGUGAUAACCUAGAUGGCUCACGGGUCACUACCUCGAUAGAGUCUGCAGUACUGGACGCUUAUGCAAGGGCCAAGAAGGCUAAUGGCAUUGCCCUAGCACAAGAUACUGCAUUAUCAAAACCCAGCAGAUACAUUCUCGACAUUCUCAGCCAAUUGAGCAACAAGUCAAGAAAACGGAAAGCGAACGAGAUAUCUGGAGACGAAAGCAACGGAAAUGGGAAUUAUUUGGCAUUGAACGGAAUUACCACAACCGAAAUUCCAGAGGCCGACGAGACGUACGUCAAAACAAACGCGACCAAACGAACAUGUCAGAGUGAAGGUGUCAGGGGUCUUUUCAACCUGGGACAAACCUGUUACAUGAAUGUGGUCUUGCAGACAUUGUUACAUGAGCCGCUACUCAAUGCCUUUUUUUUGGGGAAUGGUCAUAAAUACUACGACUGCCAAAUUGACGGUUGUGUAUUGUGUGCGAUGAGUAGGGCAUUUGCAGAGUUUAAUGGAUGUGAUAAGAAAGACGGAUUUACGGCGGAAACGCUGUUAUAUUCGACGUGGAAGAAUCAUCCUCCUCUCGCUGGAAAUCACCAACAAGACGCGCACGAGUUUUAUCAGUUUCUUGCUGGCGGCUUGCACACAGCUUCGUCUGACGAAAACGAUCAACUAAAAUGCAACUGCUUCUUUUGCAAGGCUCUUUUUGGAAAGUUUCAAAGCACACUGACCUGCCCGAUAUGCAAACAUACCAGUCCCACUGAGCAGCCGUUGUUAGAACUGAGUUUGGACGUGCAAUUACACUCGAAAAAGCGACAAAUGAAUGGCAAAUUGCGCGGAUCAUCGACGCCGACAUUAGCAGGGUGUCUGCAGUCGUGGGUGACGCCUGAAGAAUUGAUAAUGGAGGGAUAUCAAUGCCAGGGAUGUCACAGUUACCCAGACAAACUCACCAAGCAAUUAAGAAUCAAACAAUUACCUGCCAUGCUGUGCAUGCAGAUGAAGGUGCCUCCACCCCAGAAUCUCCACUCAAUUCAAUACUAACCAAUCUACUAAGCGCUUCGAACAAACCGACUCCGAAACGCGCAAAAUGCAAGGCAAAAUCGACUUUCCGCUCGAAAUCAACAUGCAACCAUACACAGUCGCCUCGCCUACUAGCAAAAAGACAACAAUUCGUAGCGACAUAUACAUGUACGACCUCGCAUCGGCCAUAGUCCAUGACGGCGCUGGUCUGAAUGAAGGGCACUACAUUGCGUACAUUCGACAGGGGGAUCGAUGGUGUUUGUUCAAUGAUGAUAAAGUCACGUUGGUUUCGGAGGGGGAUGUGUUGAAUGCGGAUGCAUAUUUGUUGUUUUACACGUUGAGGUCGUUGUCUUUCGGGAAGUGAGUAUAGAUUGAUAAAGGAUACUUCUCUAGCUUGAACAGCUGGUAGAAUUGACGCAUCUGAUUGGUUUAACAUCAGGCAUGGGCCAGACUUGCUCGAAUGAAAGCACAUGUUUCCGUCUAUUGGAUCUUAUGAAAUCUCCGUCUAAACCCGAGAUUCACACCUGAACAGCUCCCGAGGUAUCGGAAUCGCAUCUUAUGUAAAACAAACAACAUUCAGUUUAAGUUAGUUAACUAGUUAACGUUUAACUACGUUCGUUAGUUACGU